AACGGAGGUGAGCAGGUUCUAGCUCUCAGUUUGCAUUCACCCUCGAAGUUGCUCUCGCCCUCAUUGUAACUGAAGCUACAAGAUGAUUAAGAAUAUUUUUGUAGCCGCUCUGGCUUUCUGCUUUGCUGUGAGUAUUUCGGCGGAGGUGUGGAAGCCAAGUACUGGAAAGGGUCCAGAAGUUUUUCUGGACUUGAACAUGGAAGAUUUGAAGAAACAGUGCGACCUUAAGAAAAAGAGUAUACGUGAUACCAGAAUUUACGCACCAUACCUUAAACGUUACAAGGAAAUUCAGGAAGACAUUGUCAAGAAGGUGAAGGCUGACCCCAAAACCAAUAUUGAUAACUUGAUCAAGGAACAGUGUCUUGCACACCCAGAGCUGAAGAAGCAAAUUGCUAAUGUCACUGACUCCUUCCAACUUUGUUUGGAAGAAAAGGAUCGUUUGGACAAAGCCAAAAAGGACAAACUUAUCCAGAAAGUUCUGGAGAUCAAGUGCGCAGAUUUGAAGAAAGGUGUGAUCAUCCGUGCUGAGGAGAAAUGUAUCAAGAAGGAGCCACCAAUGUGCAUUGAGAUGAUGGCUAGUGUUCAGGAUAUCCUGAUCCCUGUUCCUGUGAAAUACACUCCACAAGUCUGCGGAGAGAUUCGCAAACUCCUUCAAUGCAAAAACGCCAUGAAGGAGUGUAAAGAAGAAACCAGAAAGGCUUUGGAAUCAUUUGUAGCAGAUGAGAUGGCGCUGGUUCGGUGUCCAAUUGAAGCUUAAACUAAUAAAUCGUCCUGUACUAAACAAAACCGGAAAUGUCCAAAAACGAGUGCUUUUCAGACUUUAAGUGUCUAACUAUAAGAGCUUUCAAAUUUGAGGCACUGAAACUACAGUAUUUAUGAUUAAUAGCUUCAAAGUUUAAAAGCGUAUUUCAA